AUGGCUGAUCAUCAGCAGGGAGAUCAACCUUCUUCAACCAAAGGGAUCGAAAGAAGGAUUGUAGAAAAAAACAGGAGAAACCAUAUGAAGAACCUCUGUUCCAUGCUUAACUCUCUUCUCCCUAACAACAAUAACACCAGGGGAAGAGAAUUAUCACGUGUUGAUCAAAUAGACGAGGCUAUCAACUACAUCAAGAACCUAGAGACAAAGGUGAAGAUGGCGCAGGAGAAGAAAGAAAGCUUAAUAUUGCAAAGGAAAAGAUCUCGCAGUGGCGGUUCGAGUAGUACUUCUGAAGCACCGAAGAUUGAGAUUCAUGAAGAAGAAAACAUAGUGGUCAAGAGUGUCCAUUCUUCAUCAUUCGCUGGAAACUCAAUGUUGAAUGUUGUGCAUGCAGAAAUUCAGCAAUAUUCAUUUCUUCUAGAAACAACCGCAAUGAGUAUUGAGAAAUUGAGAAGGAUUGUGGACAUGCAUGGAGGAAAUUUUUAG